AUGGCGCAGAAAGGAGCUCAGCCGGACCAAGAAACUUUGACUUGUUCAAUCUGUCUGGAACUACUGAAGGAUCCGGUGACUAUUCCCUGUGGACACAGUUACUGCAUGAAGUGUAUUGGAAACUUCUGGGAUGAAAAGGAGCACAAGAAGACCCACAGCUGCCCUGACUGUAGGCAGACCUUCACACCGAAGCCUCUCCUGGUGAAAAGUGUCAUGUUAUCAGUUUUGGUGGAGCAGCUGAGGACGACAGGACUCCAAGCGGCUCCUGCUGACUGCUCCUAUGCAGGACCUGAAGAUGUUGCCUGUGAUGUUUGCACUGGAAGGAAACUGAAAGCCAUAAAGUCCUGUUUGGUGUGUCUGGUCUCUUACUGUGAGAAACACCUGCAACGCCAUUACAGUGUGGCACAGUUAAAGAAACACCAGCUUGUGGAGCCCGCCAAGACUUUACAGGAGAACUUGUGCUCUCUCCACGACGAGGUGAUGAAGAUGUUCUGCCGCACCGAUCAGCAGAGCGUCUGUUAUGUCUGCACCGUGGAUGAGCAUAAAGGCCAUGACGUAGUCUCAGCUAAAACAGAAAGGGCAGAGAAACAGAGGGAGAUGGGGAUGACUCGACAAAAGAUCCAGACGAAGGUACAGGACCUGGAGGAGGAGGUGAAGCUGCUGCAGCGAGAGGUGGGGAACAUCAAUCGUUCUGCUGAUAAAACAGUGGAGGACAGUGAGAAGAUCUUCAGGGAGCUGGUGCUUCUCAUCCAGAAGAGAAGCUCUGAUGUGAAGCAGAAGGUCAGAUCCCAACAGGAAACUGAAGUGAGUCGGGUGAAAGAAGUUCAAGAGAAGCUGCAGCAGGAGAUCACUGACCUGAAGAAGAAAGACACCGACAUGGAGCAGCUUUCACGCACAGAAGAUCAUAACCAGUUUCUACACGGCUACACUUCACUGCUGCCACUCAGUGAGUCCACACACUCAUCCGGCAUCAAUAGACGCCCUCUGAAGUACUUUGAGGAUGUACAAGCUGCUGUGUCAGAGACCAGAGAGGAACUACAGGACAUUCUGGGAAAGAAAUGGACUGACAUCUCACUGAGAGUGACUGAGGCAGAUGUUUUACUGUCACAGCCACCAGAGCCAAGAACCAGAGCUGACUUCUUAAGAUAUUCACGUGAAAUCACGCUGGAUAGAAACACAGCACAGGACAACCUGGAAUUAUCUGAGGGAAACAGGAAAGCAACAUUAAUGACAGGUUCACAGGGUUAUCCUACUCACCCGGAGAGAUCUUCUGUACUGUUUCAGAUCCUGAGUGAGGAGAGUCUGACUGGACGUUGUUACUGGGAAGUGGAGUGGGGAGGACCAGGAGGUUAUGUAGCAGUCACAUACAAGGAUUCCUCCAGAGUGGGAGUCUACCUGGAUCACAGAGCAGGUAUUCUGUCGUUCUACAGCGUCUCUGAGACCAUGACGCUUCUCCACAGAGUCCAGACCACUUUCACAAAACCACUUCAUGUUUCCAAGCAGCAGGUGGACACAAGUGCAGACGUGACUAAAGUACGGUUUAAUAACAAUGACACUGUGCGUUUUAUUGGAAACUUCUGGGAUGAAAAGGAGCACAAGAAGACCCACAGCUGCCCUGACUGUAGGCAGACCUUCACACCGAAGCCUCUCCUGGUGAAAAAUGUCAUGUUAGCAGUUUUGGUGGAGCAGCUGAGGACGACAGGACUCCAAGCGGCUCCUGCUGACUGCUCCUAUGCAGGACCUGAAGAUGUUGCCUGUGAUGUUUGCACUGGAAGGAAACUGAAAGCCAUAAAGUCCUGUUUGGUGUGUCUGGUCUCUUACUGUGAGAAACACCUCCAAAGCCAUUACAGUGUGGCACAGUUAAAGAAACACCAGCUUGUGGAGCCCGCCAAGACUUUACAGGAGAACUUGUGCUCUCUCCACGACGAGGUGAUGAAGAUGUUCUGCCGCACCGAUCAGCAGAGCGUCUGUUACGUCUGCACCGUGGAUGAGCAUAAAGGCCAUGACGUAGUCUCAGCCAAAACAGAAAGGGCAGAGAAACAGAGGGAGAUGGGGAUGACUCGACAAAAGAUCCAGACGAAGGUACAGGACCUGGAGGAGGAGGUGAAGCUGCUGCAGCGAGAGGUGGGGAACAUCAAUCGUUCUGCUGAUAAAACAGUGGAGGACAGUGAGAAGAUCUUCAGGGAGCUGGUGCUUGUCAUCCAGAAGAGAAGCUCUGAUGUGAAGCAGAAGGUCAGAUCCCAACAGGAAACUGAAGUGAGUCGGGUGAAAGAAGUUCAAGAGAAGCUGCAGCAGGAGAUCACUGACCUGAAGAAGAAAGACACCGACAUGGAGCAGCUUUCACGCACAGAAGAUCAUAACCAGUUUCUACACGGCUACACUUCACUGCUGCCACUCAGUGAGUCCACACACUCAUCCGGCAUCCAUAGACGCCCUCUGAAGUACUUUGAGGAUGUACAAGCUGCUGUGUCAGAGACCAGAGAGGAACUACAGGACAUUCUGGGAAAGAAAUGGACUGACAUCUCACUGAGAGUGACUGAGGCAGAUGUUUUACUGUCACAGCCACCAGAGCCAAGAACCAGAGCUGACUUCUUAAGAUAUUCACGUGAAAUCACGCUGGAUAGAAACACAGCACACAACCAGCUGGUGUUAUCUGAGGGAAACAGGAAAGCAACAUUAACGACAGGUUCACAGUUUUAUCCUAGUCACCCGGAGAGAUCUUCUGUAGGGUUUCAGAUCCUGAGUGAGGAGAGUCUGACUGGACGUUGUUACUGGGAAGUGGAGUGGGGAGGAAAAGGAGGUUUAGUAGCAGUCACAUACAAGGAUUCCUCCAGAGUGGGAGUCUACCUGGAUCACAGAGCAGGUAUUCUGUCGUUCUACAGCGUCUCUGAGACCAUGACGCUUCUCCACAGAGUCCAGACCACUUUCACACAACCACUUCAUACUGAUGCAUCAAGUCAACAAUGA